AGUGGUUGCACUUCGAGUGCAAAUGUUUAGUACAAUCGAAUGUUUUGAAGUUCUUUGGAUAUAAUAAGGUUAUUUACAGCUCUAUUUUAAGAUUUGUUUUCUACCAAAAUAUAGAAAAAUUGAGGUAUGUGCUGUCUUCGGAGUUGCCAAAAACAAGUGCCGCAAUGGCUGACAUGAUUCCGGCCGAAUGAGUUGCUGAAACAAAAAAGUUCAAAAAGGUUAUUAAAGUUUAAGCAAAAUCUCAGAAGUAGAAGUGUUAUUUUCACACUUGAAAUAACAUAGCGGCCACACUAAAAAAAUGAUUAAGUGGAACCAACCAAACUAAAUAACAAAUCUGGUCAAUGCGAUGGCAUUUUGUAUUUCGCGAACAGCUGCCACAUAUGGCAACAUUGACACAUGUUCUAGAAAGUUCAGUUUGUAACAACUACUCGGCGCCAAAACUAAAAUAUAGAAAGAUGGCAAUGCUGCUGAGCACAAUGCCACGACAUGCACAAAUGGUGUAGCUUCUUGAAGAGCGCAACAAAUUUGUCUGUAGUUGGAAUUAUUCUGAGAGAAUGGGAGAAUAGUACCUACCUGAGAAAUCAGCGAUCAAGUUCAAAGGAAAGGCUAUAUAAAGGAGAACGCUUCACUAGCACAACAAAAGGAAGGAAAACACUGAGUGUUAAGUUAGUGGUUGUGGAAAUAAUAUAUAAGAGAAGAAAAGUAAUCAAUCAAUCAAAAAUGCAAAUAUCUUCUUUAUUUUGGGUGCUAUUCAUAAUUGUAAUAUUUGUAUUUAUACUGAUAUUUAUCCAGUGGACUAAAUCAUACUUUAACAAUAAUCCAACUAAUGGACAAAUUAACGGUAUCACAAAUGGACCGAUAAAUAGUUUUGAUUCAGCAAGCUUUAAUUUACCAGUUGAAACGAUAAUCAAGAGUUUAGAUAAAUAUGACGAAGCACCAUGUUCACCUUGUGGCAUCAAAAUCAAUGGCGAUAUGCUCAACAAUUCGCCAAUUCUUUCGCCACACAAUCAACUGGCGUACAUGCAACCCAAUUCAAGUGGUGAAAUUGUAGUGCCCCAUGGCCAGUGGGUGACUUUGCGCUGCGGUGAAGCAUUCGCAAAACCGUUAGACGGACAAACUCUGCAGGCGCAAUGUGCCGGCGAUACAAAUUUUCGUAUAAACAAUGAAAUAGUAAAUUUCUCAAAUAUCAAUUGCACCACAAUGUCAAUGCCAACGCCAAUGCGAACGGAAGUUUGCUGCAGCGGCAAAGACACCGAAUUGAUUAAUAUCGCCAAUAAAUUCAAUGAGUCAUUACUACCAACAAUGCAGGUGUGUUUUGACAAAAUUCGUCAAAGCACUCUUUACGUUGAACACACCAUUACGCCUGCAAGUAUUCACUACAAACAUCAUGUGAACACUAAAAACUUCACUUCCGGUGAUUUCUUUGGUGGUAGAAACAUUGACGCUUUUUACAGAAAGUCCAAACAAAUUAAGGCACUCAGUCGUAUACUUAGAAAGGAUGCUUCGACUUACGUGACAACCAAAAAUUUCCUGUCCCGUGGCCACUUGGUUGCAAAAACCGACUUGAUAUUCAGUGGCCAACAAAAGGGCACUUUUCAUCAUCUGAAUGUAAUGCCACAAUGGGAGUCCUUCAAUGCCGGUAACUGGUCGCGCAUUGAGAAUGGAGUGCGUCAGUUCGCUCAUGACAAUGGUAGUACCUUACUUUGCUGGACUGGUACCUGGGGUGUUUGCACUUUGCCAGACGUAAACAAUAUACAACAGGAGUUAUACCUAGGGGACAACAAUAAUGUCCUACCGGUUCCAAAACUGUUUUACCGUAUCGUUAUCGAUGCUGAGUCUCGAAACGGUAUCACGUUCGUUGGGUUGAAUAACCCUUAUCUGAAAACUGAAGAACUGGAAUCCGGAGGAUAUCUGAUUGCAAAGGAUAUCUCACACAAUAUUGAUUGGAUUAAAUGGGAUAGGAAAAACAUCGGUGAGGGUUAUUGUUAUGCUUGUUCAGUGACAGACUUCGUAGCAGUUGUGAAAGAUUUGCCGCUGGUUAAGUUACAGACGUUCGGAAUUUUGGGUGAGAAGGAAUUGACCAUCUAGCCCAUUAUCGCCUUUUUUUAUAUUAUUAUAUUCUCAAUAAUAUUUUGUUUUUAAUACAAACUUAUUGAAAAAAUAAAUACAU